CGUUACCCCAUUUUCCAACUGUCCGUUCAAUCAGUCGGGAUUUUGGUGCCGCUGGAGCGUCUCAGGGAAGCUUCUUUGGAAUUAAAACUAUACGAACAGGGGCCGCGUACGCCAUUAAGUAUCGACGGAGACGCAGCGGAACCUACUUUAUGCAGUCUUUGACAAUGAGGACGUUACUAUGAGGCUGGUUACUUUGUCCUCCAGUGCUGACGAUAAAGGGCCUGACGCGGUGUCACCAAGCUCCGUAUGCCAGGGAGACUUUUCUCCUGAAGAUAGACGUUGCCUGAGGUGUUGUUUGUGAAGAAGACUGAGUGAACCAUGGCGCAGUUCCCCACCACAUUCACGGGUCCAGACAUGUUCCUGAUCUCGGUGGAUGAGCGAGCCAAACAUGACCAGCAGUUUCACAGCCUCUCCCCCACAGCGGGGGGUUACAUCACGGGUGAUCAGGCCAAGAACUUCUUCCUCCAGUCUGGACUGCCGCCGCCCAUCCUGGCCCAAAUCUGGGCUCUGGCUGAUAUGAACAGUGACGGUCGCAUGGACAUCCACGAAUUCUCCAUUGCCAUGAAACUCAUCAAGCUUAAACUCCAGGGUCACCCGCUGCCCCCCACGCUACCCCCUAGUAUGAAACAGCCCCCACUACCUUUACCCCCACAGAGUGGAUUUGGCAUGCCACCCAUGGCACCCAUUGCCCCUCCUAUUCCCGGUGUGCCCCCGCUCCCUCCUCUACCUGUCGGGGUUUCUCCACCUCUGGUCUCGGCAGCGCCACCGCCCCUCCCUCAGCCCAUGGCCAACGGUGCCCCUCCCACAAGCAUGAUGCCACCUAUGUCGGGUUUCUCCCACCCAGCUUCCUCUGUCAACAAGGCCCCCUUUAACCGUUCCAGCACCAAGUUGCAGAAGGGGCCGUCGUUUGAUGCUGCUGGCGGUCCGCCUCCUUCAUCACAACCCGACUGGGCCGUUCCUCAGUCGUCAAGGCUCAAGUACAGGCAGCUCUUUAACUCCCAUGACAAGAUGAUGAGCGGUCACCUUACAGGUCCUCAGGCGCGCACCAUCCUCAUGCAGUCCAGUCUUCCUCAAGGCCAGCUAGCCUCAAUAUGGAGUCUGUCAGACAUCGACCAGGAUGGGAAGUUGACUGCAGAGGAGUUUAUCUUGGCUAUGCACCUCAUUGACAUGGCCAUGUCUGGCCUGCCCCUCCCCCCGGUGCUACCAUCAGAUUACCUACCACCUACAUUCAGGCGUGUGCGAAGCGACAGCGUUCAGCUGGACCAGAAGAUCGUCCCGGAGGAGGCAGAGGAAGAGGCGGAGAGUAGCCAGGAAAAGAAGCUCCCAGUGACAUUUGAGGAUAAGAAGCGGGAGAAUUUUGAGCGAGGGAACCUGGAGUUGGAGAAGCGACGUCAGGCUCUCCAGGAGCAGCAGAGGAAAGAACAGGAGAGGCUGGCUGCCCUGGAGAGGGAAGAACAGGAGAGAAAGGAGCGUGAGAGGCUGGAGCAGGAGAGGAGACGACAACAAGAGUUGGAGAAGCAGCUGGAGAAACAGAGGGAGCUGGAGAGGCAAAGAGAGGAGGAGAGACGCAAAGAAAUCGAGAGGAGAGAGGCUGCUAAGCGGGAGUUGGAGCGCCAGAGGCAGUUGGAGUGGGAGCGCCAGCGUCGCCAAGAGCUUCUCACUCAGAGGAACAGAGAGCAGGAGAGCAUUGUUCUUCUUAAAGCCCGCAAGAAGACGCUGGAGUUUGAACUGGAGGCCUUGAAUGACAAGAAGACCCAGUUGGAGGGCAAACUGAAGGAUGUCAGGUUCCGUCUGUCGGCUCAACGGAGAGAGGUGGAGCAGACCAACCAGACGAGAGAAACACGCAUUGCCGAGAUCACCCUGUUGCAACAGCAGCUGCAAGACUCCCAGCAGUGGCUGGGGAGGCUGAUUCCUGACAAACAAAGCCUCAGUGACCAGCUGAAACAGGUUCAACAGAACAGUUUGCAUCGUGACAAUCUGUCGUCCCUGCAGAAGGCUGUGGAGCAGAAAGAAUCCAGCAGACAGCAACUCAAAGACCAGCUCGACACGAUAGAGAGAGAAACCCGGGCCAAACUGCUGGAGAUAGAUGCUUUCAACACACAGCUGAAGGAGCUGAGGGAAAUCCACAGCCGGCAGCAGAGACAGAAACAGAAGGAGCUGGAAGGAGACGCACACGCACUGAUGCACGCUCACAUGCACGCCGCGAGUGACAGGAAGUCUGCUGAGCUUCAGGAAAGCAGGCUGUCCUCGGACGAAGGUUUGACUUGGAGGGAAGAUGUGGCCAUGAGUUCUGCCCUGAAGGCGCCGAGCCCCGCCUCUGCGUCCCACGCCUGGCUCAACAGGGUGACCCAAGAAGAAGAGGAGCGGAAAAGGAGAGGGCUGGAAGAGGAUGAAGACGGUCGGAAGGCUGCGGCGUCAGUGGAGGAAAAGGACGACGAGGCCAGAAGCAAGAAGGACAUGCAGGAUAAACUCAGCAAGGUGUUCAGCCAGCCUGCCGACCCGUGGGCUUCCACAGCAGAGAAGGGUCCAGUAGCAAGUCUGUUUGAGCAGCAGCAGCCAGUGAAGGUGGUCUACUACAGAGCACUGUACCCGUUUGACGCUCGCAGCCACGACGAGAUCAGCAUUGCGCCCGGUGAUGUCAUCAUGGUGAAGGGGGAAUGGGUGGAUGAGUCUCAAACGGGUGAGCCUGGUUGGCUGGGAGGAGAGCUCAGAGGGCGGACGGGGUGGUUCCCAGCUAAUUACGCCGAGCGAAUACCAGACAGUGAAGCGCCAAUCAGCCUGCGUGCAGCCGCUUCAGCAACUCCCACCUCAGCCCAGCAGCAGCAGCCCAUCAGCACGCCACCUCCCGCACCUGGACCGACCUCCUCAUCCACAUCGUCCACAAACAGCAACUGGGCCGACUUCAGCACCACCUGGCCCUCAAAUACGAGCAGCCAGAUGGAAAGCGAGGGAUGGGACGCGUGGCCCACCUCCUCAGCCGCUCAAAAUCCAUCCCUCAGCGUCCCGUCAGCGCAGCUGCGGCAGCGCUCCGCCUUCACCCCCGCCACCAUGACAACCGGCUCCUCCCCCUCACCCGUGCUUGGACAGGGGGAGAAGGUGGAGGGUCUGCAGGCUCAGGCCUUGUACCCCUGGAGAGCCAAGAAGGACAACCAUCUCAACUUCAACAAGAACGAGAUUAUAACAGUGUUGGAGCAGCAGGACAUGUGGUGGUUGGGAGAACUCCAGACUGGACAGAGAGGCUGGUUCCCCAAAAGCUAUGUGAAGCUCAUCUCUGUCGCCAUAGCGCCACCAGUUGCAGCCUCAGCACGCAGCAAAAAUACUAGUGAGACCACGGUGUCAGAAAGCCCCCCAAACGGAAAACGCCCCUCCCCCACUCCAAUCAAGCCCACAGAGUCUGGGGAAGAGUAUGUGGCCAUGUACACGUAUGAGAGCAGCGAGCAGGGCGACCUGAGUUUCCAGCAAGGUGAUGUCGUCAUGGUGACCAGGAAGGAGGGAGACUGGUGGACGGGCAUGGUCGGGGGCAAGACCGGAGUCUUCCCGUCCAACUACGUCAAACCACGAGACUCCAACUCAGAGUCUUUAGGAUCAGCAGGGAAGACGGGCAGCCUAGGAAAGAAACCAGAAAUUGCCCAGGUCAUCGCCCCCUACUCUGCGACAGGAGCGGAGCAGCUGACAUUAGCGCCGGGCCAGCUCAUCCUCAUCAGGAAGAAGAACCCUGGGGGCUGGUGGGAGGGCGAGCUUCAGGCCCGAGGGAAAAAGCGGCAAAUCGGCUGGUUUCCAGCCAAUUAUGUAAAGCUGCUCAGCCCCAGUACGAGCAAGACCACGCCCACUGAGCCCACACCGCCUAAACUGGCCCCUGCCAACACAGCUGUGUGCCAGGUGAUCGGCAUGUACGACUACGUGGCUCAGAAUGAUGAUGAACUGGCCUUCCAGAAGGGUCAGGUGAUCACCGUGCUCAGUAAGGACGACUGUGAUUGGUGGAAAGGCGAGCUCAACGGUCGGGAGGGUCUGUUUCCUAGCAACUAUGUCAAGCUGACGACAGACACUGACCCCAGCACGCAGUGGUGCGCUGACCUCCACCUGCUGGACAUGCUGAGUCCUAUGGAGAGGAAGCGGCAGGGAUACAUCCACGAACUCAUUGUCACUGAGGAGAACUACGUCAACGACCUGCAGCUUGUCACUGAGAUCUUCCACAAGCCUCUGCUGGAGUGUGAGCUGCUGAGCGAGAAGGAGGUGGCCAUGAUCUUCGUCAACUGGAAGGAGCUCAUCAUGUGCAACAUCAAGCUGCUCAAGGCUCUGAGGGUGAGGAAGAAGAUGUCAGGCGACCGCAUGCCGGUGAAGAUGAUUGGCGACAUCCUGACCAAUCAGUUGCCGCACAUGCAGCCGUACAUCAGGUUCUGCUCAUGUCAGCUGAAUGGGGCUACGCUGAUUCAGCAGAAAACGGACGACAACCCGGAAAUCAAAGACUUUCUCAAGAGGUUAGCCAUGGACCCUCGAUGCAAGGGAAUGCCUUUGUCCAGCUUCCUGCUUAAACCCAUGCAAAGAGUCACACGCUACCCGCUCAUCAUCAAGAACAUCUUGGAAAACACCCCAGAGUCUCAUCCCGACCACAGUCACCUGAAAGCUGCUCUGGAGAAGGCUGAGGAGCUGUGCUCUCAGGUCAACGAGGGCGUGAGGGAGAAGGAGAACUCUGAUCGUCUGGAGUGGAUCCAGGCUCAUGUUCAGUGUGAAGGCCUUUCUGAGGUUCUCGAUCUUGGCUGGGUUUCUGUUUGGCACCACAUUCGUCCAAUAGCAAAAAGAUAUUUAUUGCCACGUGUUCUCUUUCAGCAACUUGUCUUCAACUCGGUCACCAACUGUUUGGGUCCCAGGAAGUUCCUUCACAGCGGCAAACUUUUCAAAGCAAAAAGCAGCAAGGAGCUCUACGGCUUCCUCUUCAACGACUUCCUGCUGCUCACACAGGUGACCAAACCUUUGGGUUCUUCUGGCUCGGACAAAGUCUUCUCGUCCAAAACACACCUGCAGUACCGCAUGUACAAGACGCCCAUCUUCCUCAACGAAGUGUUGGUGAAGCUUCCGACGGACCCUUCGGGAGACGAACCUCUCUUCCACAUCUCUCACAUCGACAGGGUUUACACGCUGAGAGCCGAGAGCAUCAACGAGCGGACGGCGUGGGUCCAGAAGAUUAAGGCGGCCUCGGAGCUCUUCAUCGAGACGGAGAAGAAGAAGCGAGAGAAAGCUUAUCUCGUGCGUUCCCAGAGGGCGACGGGCAUCGGAAGGCUGAUGGUGAACAUCGUGGAGGGAAUCGAGCUCAAACCGUGUCGUUCUCACGGAAAAAGUAACCCCUACUGUGAGGUGACCAUGGGCUCCCAAUGCCACAUCACCAAAACCCUGCAGGACACGUUGAAUCCCAAGUGGAACUCCAACUGUCAGUUUUUCAUUAAGGACCUGGAACAGGACGUCCUGUGUGUGACUGUCUUCGAGCGGGACCAGUUCUCACCUGACGACUUCUUGGGCAGGACGGAGAUCCGACUGGCAGAAAUCAAGAAGGACCAGGGCUCCAAAGGGCCCAUCACCAAGCGCUUGCUGCUCCACGAGGUUCCCACCGGCGAGAUCGUGGUCAGACUGGACCUCCAGCUCUUUGAGGAGCCGUGAGAUUCGGACCACACGGGACUUAAACCGGAUUGUCCGGCUGGGGGUUGUGCUACUUUUAUUCCGUUAUUGAUGGACCGCAAAGGAAAUGACCCGGAACAAAGACCGAGACGUAUUUCAUUUGCGGGCUGAGUUGGAUCACGGCAGCUUGCAAACCUUCAGGGUCUGUUUUGGACCAGGACAUGACUGCAAUAUUUCAUUCCACUCACGUUCCUUCUUCAGAGAAAACCCCAACAAAGCUGAUGUUUGAGGGGACAAGCUGGUCAGACGGUCUGGUCUUCCUCCAGUGACAGUCCCAGUCCUCGUGUCCCUGUGUCCCCUGUGUGUAUGUGUGAGUAUUAGGUCGUGGUCUAGACUGGAACAGACCUUUUUAAAAGAGUCCGGUCAUGUCAUGUUCUUAAAGUGCCACACGUGUACAGGUUCAAUGACGCUAUGCUAACAAUGCUACUAGAAAACGAGCGUUUAAAAAAAGAAAACAAAAUUUGUGGCUGAGCUUUGGCCCCCCAGGGAACAUUUUGGUACCUUUUUUUUUUAAUGUUGUGUUUUUAGUUUUUUUUUUUUUUUAGAUAUUUUUUUUUGACAUCCCACAUCUGACCUCUGACCUUAUGUUGAGAGCUGCCACUGUGGACGUCGCUGCUCAGGCAACAACAUGCCCCCCCCCCCCCCCCCAACCUAAAGUGGAUAUGACACAACAACCGUUACCUUAGUGACCAGCCACUGUCCAAUCAGACGUCAGUAUGUGUGUGUGUGUGUGUGUGUGUGUGUGAGAUGGUGCAAACUGAAACAAUCCUAGAACUGUCUUGAGCCCCCCCCCCCCCCCCCCCCCAUAUCCCUCAUCUUGCUCCGUAGACUCUACUAAGAAGUCACCCAAAUCACUUUGGACCCCUUCUUACUGUCCGCCUCCUGGCUUGUGUAUAAAUACUACUGAGAGUUAAUAUAUCAGCUAUCAUGUACCUGUACUGUCUUUUCAGUGUCAAUAAACUCCAGUUGGACCAACGCAUAGGCCUACUUCCCUUUCAGUCAACAUGAAAACCAGUAAAAGACCAUCAAGGAGCACACUUGUCCUCAUGAGGCGCUUGUCCUCACUAGUCCUUACUAGCCAUUUGUCCUUGUGAGACGC